AUGCGACGCUCACUGCAAUCGGCCCUGCUGCUGGGCCUGUCGUCGCUCGUGGCCGCCGUGUACAAGGACGAGGUCGGCCACAUCGACUUCCACCACGCCCUCGUCGGCGUGCCCCAGGUCGAGACCACCUUCUUCCACCGGCCCAAGAAGGACGAGAAAGCGAGCCUGCUCUAUACCCUCAGCGAUGUCGGCGUCCUGGGCGCCGUCAACCCCAACACGGGCGCCCUCGUCUGGCGCCAGCAGGUUGCGCCGGGCGUGGCUGGUCGAGGCGGCCAUCUGAGGGCCCCCGAGGGCGAGAACUGGGUGGCUGCUGCGUACGGCCAGCAGGUCCAGGCAUGGGCUGCGCUGAGCGGGCGGAGCGUCUGGCAGACCGAGUUCGACGGCCGCGUCAAGGACCUGGAGAUCAUGGAGCUUACCGAGAGCGCGAGGAAGGACGUGCUGGCCCUGUUUGAGGAGGACGGCGUCACGGUUCUGCGCAGGCUGCACGGCGUUCUGGGCACCGUCGUCUGGGAGUUCCGCGAGGUCUCGAGGGACAUUCCUUUGCAGGUGUCGACCAGCGUCUCCAAUGUCUACAUCAUCAGCCUUCACGGAUCGCCCUCAUCGUAUAGCCUGAAAGUCACGACCUUGGAGCCGGCGACGGGAGGACGGGUCGACCACUGGAUAGUCGGCACCAAGGGCGGAGUCCAGCCCGAGGAUGUCAUGUUUGUUGGCGCAAACUCGGCGGCUCCCAUUCUGGCGUGGACCAGCAGCGAUCUUUCGACACUCAAUGUCCACGUCCUGGGCCCAAAGUCCAAGCAAGACUUUGUGUACGCGCUCCCCGCUGACACCGUCUCUGUUGACAUACAUGCUCCGCACUUGACGCAGUCUCAGCCUCACUUCCUGGUCCACACACGCACCGCGACUGGCAACAAGGCCGAGGUCUUCCACACCAACUUGAAGACUGGCCAGAUCACAAAGGCAUACGAGCUGCCGCUGCUCCCCGGACUCGGCGCAAUCUCUACCAGCUCCGAAGGUGCCAAUGUCUACUUUACGCGUGUCACCGAAGACGAAGUCCUCGUCGUGUCCUCCGAAUCGCACAGCAUUCUCGCUCGUGACUCUCUUAGUCCCGAGGCCCGUGUCGAGGCCGUUCAUGCCGUUUCAGAGGUCAUCAAGAAGGCCGGCGGCAAGGAGUUCGCCAUCCGGUCUGCCACCGUCACCACGUCGCAGGACUGGGUGCUGAUCCGCAAUGGCAAGGUCGACUGGACUCGCCCUGAAGGCCUCAGUGGCGCCGUUGCCGCGGCUUGGGCCGAGAUUCCCGAGGCCGAAGACCUGGCCAAGGUGCUCGCCGAGGAGGCACACACCAACCCGUGGAACGCCUAUGUGCACCGCGUGACUCGCCACAUCCACGAUCUCCAGUACCUCCCCGAUUACCUUGCCACCAUUCCCACCCGAGUUAUCGAGAGCAUCACCGGCGGCGCGGUCGUAGUGUCCAAGUCUGAGGGCCUUCACCGAGACUCGUUUGGCUUCAACAAGAUUGCCAUCAUCGCCACUCGGCGCGGUCGAUUCUACGCCUUGGAUACUGGCAGUCAUGGCGAGAUCGUUUGGGCCGCCGACGUCUUUCCUCAAGCCCCCGGUGCUGCGUUUGACGUCAAGGGCCUUUUGGUUAAUGACGCUGAAGGCACAGUGACCGUUGGAGGCUCCAAAGGCGAGUACGCCGUAAUUAGCGUCGCAGAUGGACGAGUAAUCGAGACUCAACCUGGCGACGAGUCCACUGCUGUCUCUGCCACAGCCGUUAUCGAGCGCGAAGGCGGCAAGUCGUUGCUUGCUCUGGGACAAAAUGGAAUGCCCGUCGAUGGCGUCUCAACGGAGCGACCUAUUGAUCAGACCAUUGUCGUUCAAGAGGAGGAUGAUAUCAUUAAAGGCGUCAAGUUCGUCAACGAAGGCGGUGAAAUCGUCAAAAAGGAGGUCUGGCAGCUCCAACUGCUCCCGGGCCAGAAGAUUGCGAACCUUGCCCAGCGCCCGGCGCACGAUCCCAUUGCCUCCAUCGGCCGCGUAUUGGGAGAUCGAACCGUCAACUACAAGUACCUGAACCCCAACACCGUCGUCGUCGCCGCCAUUGAUAGUGCCGCCUCUUCCCUAUCGGUCUAUCUCCUGGACACGGUUACCGGCCAGAUGCUCACCUCGCAAAUCUACGACGGUGUGGAUGGUGACAAGGACAUCUCAUGUACCCUGUCAGAAAAUUGGUACGCAUGUGCCUUUUUCGGACAGUAUACUCUCAAUGACGGCUCGGACCGGGACAUUAAGGGAUAUCAGAUUGUUGUGACCGACUUGUACGAGUCUCCUUCACCCAAUGACCGGGGCCCUCUGGGCGAUGCGGAGACAUUCUCGCCCCUGGAUCCCGUGGAUACCCCGACUGGCGUGCCGCUGCCGUGGGUAGUUUCUCAGAGCUGGAUCGUAUCGGAGCCUCUGACCAACUUGACGGUGACCCAGACGCGUCAAGGCAUCACCAGCCGACAGUUGUUGGCUUACCUGCCCGAGUCCCACGCCAUUCUGGGUAUCACGCGGCAUGGCAUCGACCCUCGCCGACCUGUUGGGAGGGACCCAUCUGCGGCAGAGAUUGAAGCCGAAGGUCUUGUCAGGUACACGCCCGCCAUUUUCAUUGAUGGGCGGAAUCUGCUUACGCACGAGCGGGACAUUGUUGGCGUGAGGGGUAUUGUGACAACGCCGGCCAUUGUUGAGAGCACCAGCUUGCUGUUGGCGUACGGCAUCGACGUCUUUGGUUCUCAGAUUGCGCCGAGCGGAACGUUUGAUAUCCUGGACAAGGGGUUCAACAAGGUCACGCUGCUGGGCACGGUGCUUGCGCUUACUUGGGGAGUUGUGUUGUUGGCGCCCAUGGUUCGCAGGAAGCAGAUCAACCGGAAAUGGGAAGCAUUCAUGUAA